CGUGUUUGACAUGUUGUGCUUUUAUAUUCAGUUAAAGAAACCUUUUUAACAUUUGCUGUUUAAAUGUUUAAUUAAAAUUUAUUCUGCCAGCAUUCAAUGGAACUCCAGCACCAGAGAGAUCAGCAGAGACUAAUACAACUACAACAAACCCUGGAAGAGCUAGAACAGCAUGAGAAAGAGUUGGCCUCUCAUAAACAGAAACAGGAAGAUUUUACCUCGGUGUUUGCUACCUCGGAUACCCAAACAACAGAGAAGGAGGCCAUGUUCCUGCAGCAGUUAAAUUUGGCUCAGCAGCAAGUACAGAUGGCUGUUGUUAGACUGAAGGAUGUUAUGUUUGACUGUUCCAGCAAUGGUGAAAAUGAAGAUCUGAAGUUUGUGGUAAGAACACUGACUUUGCUGGAUAAAGAUCUACAACAGUUGUGCUGUGGCCCAAUUUUGUCGGCGCCAUCCUACUCAGUUGACCGAUUAGUGAAGGAGAAAGCUGACCUUACUAAUUGUGUUGUAGUACUUACUGAAGAGAAGACCACUUUCAAAAGAUCCAUUGCAAUGCUUGAGAAAGAGAUACUUGAUCUCAAACAUAAAGUAGCAGCAAAUGAACAAUUCAGCCAGGCCAAUGCCAGUUCCAUUCUUGCUUCUGAAAGAGCAGCCUGGCAAAAGGAGAAGGUGUUUCUUACCAGUGCUUUGAAUAAGGCAGAAUCUGAGCUGGCAAGAAUGACUGCUGAGAAUGAGAACAGGCCUAUAGGUGAUAGUUCCUCUAAGAUGCAACGACUCUAUGCAAAAUAUCUUAGAACUGAAAGUUUCAGGAAGGCACUAGUUUAUCAAAAGAAGUACCUUCUUCUCUUACUGGGAGGUUUCCAGGACACUGAGAGGGAAAUAUUGUCACUAAUUGCCAGAAUGGGAGUAUAUCCAUCUCCAAAAGAUCUGCAGGAUACAGCUUCAACUUCACGACCUAUAAGCAAAUUUCGUUCUGCUGUUAGAGUGCUAAUUGCGAUAUCACGUUUGAAAUUUUUGGUCAAGAAGUGGCAAAAGGCUACAAAAAAGAGUCAUCCUCCAGUGGCAUCUGUGAGUGGAAAUGGGCACAGUUUAGUCAACGGAACCAGACCUGAGGUUUUAAGGCCACAGCACUCAACUAUUAUUUUCAAUUCUCCUCCAACAAGAGAAAAUGUGUCAUUUAAUAGAAGUACACAUAUUGUUCAGUCACCUAAAUCACCAUACAAGCUCCAGAACAGAUCUCAUGAGCAGUCAAUUACAUCGUCCCAAGAUGCUGAGCGAUCUCUGACAGAAUAUAUCCAUCAUUUAGAGGCGGUACAGCAACGUUUAGGAGGCCAUAAACUAGGAUCAAGUGGCUUGUCUUUCAGCAAAAGUUUUAAAAGGUGAAGGAACAUCUGAAUCAAGAUCUAUGGAAUUCAGGCUUUCCCCAUCUUUUUUGGUUUGGAUUCUUGUACCUUAUAUAACCACAGCAGUUUUUGUAGAGUAUUCACUUUUGUAGGCAAUUCACUCUUCUGUUUAAGAGGUUUUAUUGUAAAAUAUAUCACUUUUUUGUGUACAGAUUUACAUAUCACGUUUCACUCUUAUAUGUAUAGAAUUUAAUAGGAAGUAAAUUGUGUAAAUAUUCACUGUCUAUUUUUUGGUGAUGUCCUUUUUUUGUAUAGAUCUAAAAUAUUUUUGAACUUGAGCCUUUGUUCAGCAAUUGAAUAUAUGUAAAAUGAAUUUUAGAGAGUUUAAUUACCAAAUAAUGUUUUUAUUAAAAUGUUUCAUAAUAUACCUUGCAUUUUAAGUAUUUAAUAAAGCUGUAAAUGCUUCAGACAUUUUAAAUGUGUGACAGAAGCCUAAUAAACAUGCUUGCUAAAAAUUAU